AUGGAAAACGUUGAUCAAAUAAAGCGACCAUUGGAAGGGGUGUAUCUCAUUGACCAAGAAGCUACAUAUAAUGCCCCAAAUCCUACUCCACUUGAUAACUUGCUUGCUAUGUACGACCUUGAACUGAUAGCCAGCUCGUUAGGCAGAACAAAACCUGAUGGAUCGAAAGGAGUUAAACUCAGAAAGUCAUAUAAGAACCACAUCCAAGACUUGAAAGGCAAGCAUCAAAUACCGCCCUCGAAGCCUUUAAACGGCCAGAUAUUGGACCCAGAGCUAGCUAAAAUCCCCGACGUGAUCACCGAAUUCAACCCGGAGUUGCUUAGUGCUGCUUUGAAAUUUGAUAAAACAUCCAUUAACGGAAUUCCGGGCUUUUCUCCGUCUGAUUUGGCCUUGAGCGAUCAAGCCGCCUCCACGAGAGGAGAUGACAAUGGCGAGUCCGAAGAGGCAAAGAGAAAGCGGAAAAAAAAGCAGCUUAUGGGGGUAGAAUACAAGCGCCAUCAUAUCUAA